UAUUAUUAUUUCUAUUUUUUUUUUAACGUGUGCGUGGAAAGCACUGGGCUCCUGCGAUCGGGGUCUGAAUGAAACUACGUCAAUGCCCGUGUCCGCACGUUGCACUGGAGGGAGAGACGGAGGGAGCACUUCGGCGAGCGCCGGGAUUCGCGUGCGUGCCAUUCGCCUGGUCCGCGGGCUCUGGGGGCUCCGCGGCGCUGCUCGCGCGCCCGGCCUCCCAGGCGGCCUUCUCUGAGCCUUGACAUAUCUCCACAGAUGUCUGCUAAGCAGGAGCCUGGGCAAAGACAUCCGAAAUCCUAGUGAUUUAUACAUACAUAUAUCUUUUUUUCCAACCCGUUCCCAUCCCCUCGGUGACUUGAAGGAUUGGAGCAGCCAGAACUUAACGUUUCCGAAGACUUGGGAUGUUUGGGUUUUGUUGUUGCUAUUUUUCUUUUUUUUUUGAGGAAACUUGACAGAGGAACAUAUUUAUAGUCCAAGUAAGUACUUUACAGAGGAAAUAUACUUUGUUUAACUUAAAAAGAACAAAAAAAAAGCAGUGUUGAGAUUUCUAGCAUAGAGCACGUUGGAGUAACGCUCAUCCAAGGCUGCUUAGCAAAUCAUAUGGAAUUGCAGUUUUUACGGUGUGUGUCCGUCCGCUCCUUCACGUGCAUGGUAGUUCAGCACCCAGGGGAAAAGCACCUGAUCUUGCCCAAGUAUGAUAUUUUUUAACAUGUGUUUCAGCACCGAGGAGGAAAUAUUUCUAAAGUAAAUAUAUAGUAAGUAAUAAAUGCGCGUCUGGAAGUGAAGUAUUCACAGCGUUUUAAUCCCUAUUUAUGCCGUGCAUCUCAAACCGAGGAGGAGACACUGAGACGACGAAAGUACCUCCAGGACCCCGAGGACGCCCCCGCGUCACCAUGAAUGAAACCGUGCCCGAUACAAUAACUGGAUUAUAAUUUUCGGUGUUAGUAGUUUUAUUACCGUUGGCUGCUUUACUUUUUUGGGGUUCAUCCUGCGCCUCUUCUUCCUCUCUCCCUUCCUCUUGCUGCUUCCUCCUGGAAAUUAUGGCUCAUCCGGGGAGAAGAGGCUACGAUAACCGGGAGAUAGUGCUCAAGUACAUCCAUUACAAACUCUCGCAGAGGGGAUACGACUGGGCGGCCAGCGGCGACCGCGCGCCGGCCUCCCCGGCGCUCUCCCCUCCUGCUGCUGCUGCUGCUGCUGCUGCUCCUGCUGCUGCUGGGACUCCCUCUGAUCACACUGGGCCGGUGUCUCGGCACCCCGAGCCCCCCGGCUCGGCUGCUGCUAGUAACGAGGGCGAGGGGCUGCGCCCGGCGCCGCCCGGCGUCCACCUGGCCCUGCGCCAGGCCGGCGAUGAGUUCUCGCGCCGCUACCAGAGGGACUUCGCGCACAUGUCCGGCCAGCUGCACCUGACGCCCGUCACGGCGCGCGGCCGCUUCGUGGCCGUGGUGGAGGAGCUCUUCCGAGAUGGCGUCAACUGGGGGAGGAUCGUGGCCUUCUUCGAGUUCGGCGGCGUCAUGUGCGUGGAGAGCGUCAACCGGGAGAUGUCGCCGCUCGUGGACAGCAUCGCCGCCUGGAUGACCGAGUACCUGAACCGGCACCUGCAGAACUGGAUCCAGGACAACGGCGGAUGGGAUGCCUUCGUGGAGUUGUACGGCAACAGUAUGCGGCCUUUGUUCGAUUUCUCCUGGAUCUCUCUGAAGACUAUCCUAAGCCUGGUUCUGGUGGGAGCUUGCAUCACUCUUGGCGCUUAUUUCGGACAUAAGUAGAGGCACCCAGUUUAUCGUGGAUUACAAAAGUCUUUCAAAACAGCAAAAUAAUAUUUUUUUUUUCUGUAGCACAAUGAUAUUUUAUGAGCAGAACAACUUCCUGGCUAGAGAUUAAAUCAGCUAUUACUGCCAAAGGAAAUAUCAUUUAUUUUUACAUCGCAGGAAAAUUAUUUAUUAAAAGAUAUUUAGUUUAACCUGCUAUUUUCAGAAACUCCGCUACUUGUAUCUGUCGUCACAUCACGUUGUUGUUAACUUCAGUGAGCCCUGAAGUUCUUUUUUUAAUCAAUUAAUGCAGCUGACUGGAUUAUUUUAUCUCUGGAGAGCAAAUAUACUGACAAAGACACUUAGGAAGGCAGUUACUUGAGCUGCUAAAGGCUGUGUAAUUUUUGUUGGUUUUCCUUGCCUUUUUU